CCGGUGUGUUUUCUUUCAGUUUCUCACUUCUCACCAUUUAUUCUACUUUUGAUUUUAAUAGUAAGUCAGUUUUAUAGUGCUUCGGAGACUGAAGUAAAGAAUACGAUGCCCCACGACAGGCCUCAGAGAAGGAGGCAUUCAAGGUCCAUAUCGCCUGUCCCUAGCAAACACAAGCGAAGUUGGCAGCCCUCGUCAACUGGGGGCGGGGGAGGGGGCAGAGGCCCACCCAGAAGGUCUUUGUCUCCUGUUCGGGGAAACAGAGGAGGUUUUAAGCCUCCACCGAAAUUCGGGGGUCGUGGAAGAGAUUACCCCCCUCCCCAAAAUGCACACAGGAGAAGCCGCUCACCGCGGAAUCACAAGAGGAACAGGGCCAAGUCCCCUCUGUUAGAUCGCAGAGAGACGCCGCCGUACUUAAAACAGCCGCAGUACCCUGCCGCCGGGGACAAUGACAGGUCGGGGUCAAAGUUCCGGGGUCACAGAAGUCCGUCCCCCGGACCACCGCCUCGGGCUGGAGGGGACAGAGCCAGAAGCGACAGUCGGUUCAAACGGUCCGGGUCCCCGGAUACCGGGAGAUCUGGGCCUCCCGCCAAAAAGAAGCAGCCAUUGCCACCCCCCACACACUACAGCCCCCCCGCGAGGAACCGCUCGAGGAGCCUAUCGCCUCCGCCACCGCUACGAGGGGGCAGGUCGCCCGUGACCUCCGCCCCCACGUCCAGCAAGAGAGUGGAUUCGACAUCUGGGAGGAGGAGAGACUCGAGCCCUCUGCCGCUGCCGUCGUCGUCGUCGUCCGGUAGACACGCCCUCAGAGGGGGCUCCAUCCCCCAGCGCCGGGUGAGCACGUCCGAGAAGAAAAAGUCGUCGCGUGUGACGCUGCACCGCCGCUUCACGCCCGAGGACCAGGAGCCGUUUCGGCUGGAGGAGAACGUAACCAUUGCCAUACUCCGCAACCCCAACGCGGAGCCCUCCGAGGAUGUAACGGUGAAGAGAGUGUUUGAUGCCUCUCUGUUCAAAAUGGUGCACAAGAAAACUGAGGGCAAGAAACCGAUCUUCGACAGAGAAGAGAUCAAAGUCUGGCGGCAUGACGACAAUCUCGCCGAUGAUCCAGAUUUUGAAAGGCGGCUGGUGCGUGUUAAGUCGUCUGCAGCCGGCGGUCCGAAACACGCUGCGGACAGCCUCUCUCGCAUGUCGCCAGACACUAUUCGCAAAGCGUUUGGCCUUCAGAUUGGAGAGAGGUCAAGAAGCAGAUCCCCCCACCGAGAGCCAGAAAUCAGACUCGAUCCCCGCCCCGAUCCUCGCUACGAGUCGAAAUUUCGCCAGCAAGUGGAGCGAGAGGAGGGACUUGGGAAGAGAAGGAAAGACGGAGACAGGAGAAGUGUGGAGGACAGGAAGGCUGGACCAGACGGGAGGAGGAAAGAGGAAGACCAGUUUGGGAGGAAAGACGACGGUCGCAAGUCUGGUGGGAGAGGCAGAGGGGAUACGUACGAUUUGAGGCAGGCUCUGGAGAAAAGACGGAGCGACCGAGAAGACACUGGAGGGUUCCGCAUCGAAGUGCGACGAGGGGAGCGAGACUCCAGCACUGAGCUCUACUACAGGGACUCGGAACACGGCCGGAGCUCCAACACGAGCAGACUAGGCCCGGAGGAGGGGCGGAGUGUGGUGGUGGACUACGACCGGAACCGCGGCCGCCGGGGCAGCUCGGAGAGAGCCGGCGGAGAUUUCCGUCCCUGGGACAACAACCGACGGUGGCCGCGCGGCAGAGGGCGUGGCACCGGGGGCUUCCGGGGAGCUAACAGAUUCUUUCAAGUAUACGCAGCACGACGACAGAGACCUCUCCCCCAAGAUGUUCCGCGGCCGAGGGGGGCGUGGCAGGUCGUUCUCCCGGGGUUUCGGCAGCACCAGCUUCCGGGCCAAUCACGGCGGCGGCCGAGGCUUCCGGAGUCGUGGCCGGAGCAACUUCAGGGGAGGCUACAGGGGCCGGGGGAUCAACAAGUUCAACGAGAAUUGGAAUUCAGGAGAUAGACGCUCUGUGGAAAGGGCCAGAGACCCGAGUCUUGAGCGAGAGUGGAAACAUGACAUGUACGACAGUCUACAGGACGAGGAGGAGGAGCCACACAGUACCACAGUCGGCACAUGAGCUUCUGAUCGCGACUUGGGGUGGGGGGUGGGAGGUUGGGGUGAUAUAUGAAUGUUUUAAUGUAUGGUUAAUUGAUAUGUGGUGUUUGGGGGGGGGGGGGGUUUGGAAGAGAAACUGCCGCACACGGUAUUAUCUUUUGAUAUGUUGAAGGGUGUGGCAUGAAUGUUUGAGUGUGUUGUUUGAUGUGUGUGUGAUGUGGGGAGUGGUCUGAAUGAGAAGCUGCCGCUGGCGUGAACGCUUGUUGCAGGGAGCACAGUUUUCCGUGGUUGCGAGAACUUCCCAGAAUCCGUGCCGGCGGUCGUUCCGCCCCAGCCUUAAGUCGGACCGCAGUAGGCCUUGAGUGGUCAGAGAUCGGCCCUAAGGCGCCCGACAAUCCGCGGAUUCGACUAAGCUCGGCCUAUCGUAGACCGGAUGCAAGUGAGACGGCUUGGGGAAAAAGUAAGUCACAAACAGUAAAGAAAACAUGCACUCUCCUUUGAUUGGAGGUUUGAUUUGGUUCAUUUCGCAUUUUUUAAACUGAUGAGGAAAGGCGGGGAGAGGGGUACACAGUAUUUACGGAAGUGUAUCGACCGUCAAAGUUCAGUGGUUGGCGAAAAAUUUCACAGUGAUCCCUGUUUUUUGAGGGGGAAGGAAAUAAAUGUGAGGAGUUGCACAGCACCGUGGUUUGACGCACAAAGCAGCUUACUGUGAACACUGGGACUGGCCCGUUGGUGGAAAAGCCGUUGGUGUUGAUGUUGGCAGGAUAUCGAGUGAACCACAAGGGCUUCUCUAUGAGGGGAAGGCUCUGCUCAUUAAUAAGCUUUAUAGUUAUAUAAGGUAAUUACAACAUCAUUUGCAUGAAAGUGUGUGUGGGUAUGUGUGUGUGGGUUUGUAUGCGCUUAUGGGAGAGAGAAGAGAGAUUGAGAAGCCAUUUUUAUUCAGUCUAUGGGUUUUUUUCCUGUUGAUGAAUAGGUGUGAUUCAGUCGUGGAAUCUUUUGUUGUGAAGUGGAUGGGGCAUUUGGAGUGGAACUUGGCUGUAUUUGCAAAUGCUAGCUGUUAGUAUUACUACCUACUUGUAUUAUAAAUGGGGAGUCCAUUGAAAAAGCAGGUAUAUGGCACCGAAUGAAAACAGUGAGGAUAUCAUUUUAUAAAGCUUGUAGACUCAUAACUUUAUUUCUGUUCAACAGUCCUUUGAUAUAAUUAUUGUUUGAUUUCUUGUUCGACUAACAAUGAUGUACCAGCAGUCCCAACAGAAAUGAAAAUAUGACAAGUCUAAUAGCUUUUUGGAAUUAGAUUCCUCAAGAUUUCCAGUUUGUGACAAUGCCUCUUUUUCUAGUGGGCUCCGCAAGUGCAAGGUGGCCGAGUUCUGUGGGAUGUGUAACUGCAGAAAAUGUGUCUUUUACAGUAGGAGAGGGAGAGAAAUGUACUGUUACUAUUACUGUAUGGUUAUAAUUGACGGUAAUGUCUGGCCUGCGUGUUAUGUUGUUAUGUGUUAAUAACGUGUGUUAAUAUGGGUGUGGAUGUGUCAGGUGGGUGAAUGCUGGCGUGUUGAAGACCUGAAGAGAUCAGAUGUUGCGUUGGUUUGUUGUGGAUCUUUGUGAAGGAUGUCACUGUCAGUAUUUUGUUGUUGUUUCAACUGUGGGUUGUUAUUGGGAGUUUCUAUUGCUCUCUGUCUUGCCCUGUUGGAGAUGGACAUUAAUUUACUCAUAUAUAUAUUAGGCAGCGUGGUGAAAUCAGGCGCUCGUCAAAAUACGGAUAUCGGAGAUACAGGCAUUUUUCUGCCAUUUUGUAAAUUUAUAUCAAUUUUUUAUUUUUUGCUGAACCUCUUUAAUGUCUGUAUAAAAACACACUUCCAUGUGAAUUUUACUGAAAAACGUUGAUUAAAGGCACAAAAUAUGUCAUUUUUCUGUUUUCA